AUGGCUGGACAGAAGAACGACUAUGGGAAAAAGUCCCAUUAUCAACCUGAUUUCCAUGGAAAUGAAGGAGGCAACAGAACAGAUGAGAGGGAAUCACAUGGUAUUGGGCCAGAAGAUACAGUGUAUCGUUACUUAUGCCCUAGUAGAAAAAUCGGAAGCAUAAUUGGAAGAGGUUGUGAAGAGCGUGUUGUCAUCAUCUACAGUUCAAGUGAAGAAACAAACAGUUUUGGAGAUAACAAUGAUCUUGUUUCACCUGCACAGGAUGCUCUGUUUAAGGUCCAUGAUAGAAUUGUUGUUGAAGAAGAUGAGUUUGAUGAAAGUCAACAAAUUACUGUGAGAAUGCUUGUGCCUUCUGAUCAAAUUGGAUGUGUGAUUGGAAAAGGUGGACAAGUUAUCCAAAACAUACGUAGUGAAACACACGCUCAAAUCCGUAUUCUAAGCAAUGAACAUCUUCCAAAUUGUGCAUUGAAUUCUGAUGAACUUCUCCAGAUAAGUGGGGACACUACAGUUGUAAGGAAAGCUUUAUAUCAGUUAGCAUCUCGCCUCCAUGAAAAUCCAUCAAGAUCUCAACAUCUACUAUUGUCAUCACCGAGUCUUCAUCGAGGAGGCUACAUGGGCCCACAUUCCGGGGCCCCACCCGUGGGUUUAGUCUCUUUAAUGGGUCCUUAUGGGAAUAAUGGGGGUGAUUGGAGGGAAUUCUCACUUCGUUUUGUUUGUCCAACUGAUAACAUUGGAGCUGUGAUUGGAAAAGGUGGUGUGAUUAUUAAACAAAUGAGGCAAGAAUCUGGUGCUAACAUUAAAGUUGAUAGUUCUUCUGCUGAAGGAGAUGAUUGUCUCAUAACUGUAUCUGCAAAAGAGGUGUUUGAAGAUUCAUCUCCAACAAUUGAUGCAGCUAUGCGUUUGCAGCCUCGAUGCAGUGAGAAAAGUGAAAAAGAUUCUGGAGUUUUUGUCAUCACUACUCGUUUGCUUGUUCCAAGUUCAAGAAUCGGAUGUUUAAUUGGUAAAGGUGGAGCCAUUAUUUCUGAAAUGAGAAAUUUAACAAGAGCAAAUAUUCGUAUUUUGAACACUGAAAAUCUCCCCAAAGUUGCUUCUGAAGAUGAAGAAAUGGUCCAGAUAACUGGAGACAUUAAUGCUGCAAGUAGUGCGCUUUUACAAGUGACUACACGAUUAAGAGCAAAUGUGUUUGAAAUGUCAAUGGAAAUGGCGGAUGGAUCAAGAUAUGGCAAUUCCCGUGGACGUGGGAAUUCGUCUCAUUCCGGAAGAUAUGAUCAGGAUUUGCCACCGGGCGACGGUUAUGGUGGGCCCCAGUCCCAGGUUUCCGGGAGUGGUUAUGGUGCUUACUCUGGACGCCCUGCUAGUGGCAGGGCAUCUAGUCCGAAUCCCAUUGCUCAUGGAAAACAUCAUGGCUAUUAAGUUUUUGGGUUCUUUUGCUUAAGCUGUGAACUGUGAUGCCUGAAGGCUGGAUAUAAACGAGAAGAGAAGAAGGCGAGGGCAUUAUAGUACAUUGUAAUUAUGUUUUCGUUAGAGAAUAUUUAUCUGUCUUCUACUUAGAUACCAUAAUAUCUGAACUCCAUGCUUAUAUAGACCAUUUUGACCUUUAUGUUUUUCGUGCUAUAGGGGGAUUUUUUUUAUUUUUUUAUUUUUGUUUGUAAAUUUUAUAACAGGAAUCGUGGUUGUUUUCUAUAUUCAACACAAUUAAAGAUUUUGAAGAAUUAGG